UUUUUUUUGGAUUUAUAUAAAAAGGGCAAAUUUAAAACCCAAAAAGAGAUCAUUUUGCAUUUUUCCUAGCUUUUUCUACUGCCUUUUCUAAAUGGUUUACAAAGCUAGUUUACUUUUACUAGUAAUAACUUUUAUUACUAGUAACUUAGCUUAUAGAAUUCCUAAUUAUGAUUCAAUUCAUUUAAAUUUAUCAAAUCAAAAAGUUAAACGUGCUGCAGAUCACGUUAAGAAUGUUACGGUUGAGACCAAACAUAUUGAUUCUAUAGGUUGCAACUCUACAGAUGGUGCAGGUGCCCCUUUUUAUUAUGUUUGCUCCGCAGAUAAUAAUCCAUCUUAUAUGUUAACACACUUUUCAGCCGUUAUCUUUGGUGAUUUUGAAGCUCAAAAUGAACAUGGCAGUUCUGGUCCCUUAGCUGUUCAAGGAAACUUCAAGGCUAAUAAGUUUACAGUGAAUGCGGAUGGUAAAAAUAUCGACUGUUCGGAUACUGACAAUGUUGAUUCUUAUGGCUUUGUUUUGGGUGGUUCUGUUGAAGCUACUGAAGUCAGUGUUCAGGGUAACGCUCAAGUCCCUUCUGGUACCUCUGGUGUUCAAGAGACUAUUAGCUCUUGUCGUAUAAUCGAAGACACUGAUGAUCCAUAUUACUUUAAAUUAGCUAAAAUGAAUGCUAUCUCAGCAUCUAGAAUGUUUGCAGUUAAAUCACCUAACAUUCGUUUAAAAGCUAAUGGUGAACUUUCUUUUAAUGGUGUUGGACUUAAUAACUUUAAUGUUCUCACAUUUAGUACAUGUAAUAAUGGUAACUGUGAUAUCUUCCCUGGAAAAAUGUCGGAUCCUUCCGCCAUAUUAGAAGGUAAUGGUAACUGGAAUGGUCCACGAGGAAUGACAUGGACAAGUUCUGUUUUUCAAGAUUCAACAAUUAUUCUUAACGUUCCUGUUGAUGUUGGUUCUACCUUUACAAUUCGUGGCAAUAACAUCAAUGAGAAAAUGAACCUUUACCUUGAAACGUGAAACUGAAAGUAAUCUUGGUGGUUUUAUAUUAGCUCCUGAAGCUACCAUUAUUGAUGGACCCAAUGGUGCUUUUGCUGGUACAGUUGUCGGUGCAAACUAUAUCGGAAAAAAUAAUGGUAUUGGACUUAAUACUUAUCACUCUGCUGGAGGUAGUUGUCGAAACUUUGCAGGUUGCUUACCAAUUACU